AUGCCGCCACGCAUCCCCACCGAGGCCGACUUCGCGCCCCUGGCCGCCACCCUCCCACACACGCUCCACUUCCCCUCGCCGCGCGAGUCCACCACGGCGCUGCUGGUGCUGCUCCACGGGCUGGGCGACUCGGAGGCGCCGUUUGCGCGGUUCGCGCGCGGCGUCGCGCUGCCGGGGGUGCUGGCCGUGGCGGUGCGCGGGACGGCGCCGCUGCCGCUGCUGGACAACGACGACGACGACGACGGGGGGCAUUUUCACUGGGGGGAUGAUGUGCGGUUUGACGCGGGGACGGGGGAUGUCGAUGCUGAUCCUGGGUUUGGGCGCGCGGCGCGGGCCGUCAUGGAUGGGUUGGUGAGGGGUGUGUUUGUCGAGCGGUGUGGGUGGGAGGUUGGCGAUGUCAUGCUCUUUGGCUUCGGGCAGGGCGGCUCGUUGGCGCUGGGCAUGGCGUCGCAGCUGCGCGCCUCGCCGGCCGUCAUCGACGUGACCGACAGCGCCAGCGCCAGCCCCAACGGCGGGAGCGGCCGCGACGAGGCCUUCAAGGGCGUCGUCUCCAUCGGCGGACCCCUGCCGGCGUCCAUGGUGCCGACGACGACGGCGCGGAGCAAGAGCACCACAAGGGUGCUCGCGGUCCAGCUCGACGAGGACCAGGUCGAGGCCAUCGAAGCCGAGUUCCGCCACGUCACGGCCGUUCGGUGGCGGCGCCGCGACGUGGCCAUGCCGCGCGACCGCGACGAGAUGCUGCCCAUUAUGCGCUUUUUCGCAGACUGCCUCGGGCGCGUGUGA